CUAUUUGUUCGAUUAAGGAUUUUGAUUGGUACAAUACUCAUGGAUCGGAUUACUAAGGCAGCACGUCUCAUGAUUGUAUCUGAUCUUGAUCAUACAAUGGUUGAUCAUCAUGAUCAUGAGAACAUGUCUUUACUUAGGUUUAAUGCUCUGUGGGAGUCGAAUUAUCGUCAUGACUCUCUGCUGGUUUUUUCCACUGGGAGGUCACCUAUUCUGUACAAACAGCUAAGAAAAGAGAAACCCAUGCUGACUCCUGAUAUAACUAUCUUGUCGGUGGGAACUGAGAUAACAUUUGGCAACUCGAUGCUUCCGGAUGAUGGCUGGGUUGAAAUUUUGAAUCAGAAAUGGGAUAGGAACAUAGUCACUGAAGAAACCAGCAAGUUUCCUGAGCUCACUCUUCAGGCAGAAACAGAGCAGCGACCACACAAGGUUAGCUUUUAUGUUGACAAGACUAAGGCCCAAGUAGUGAUGAAGGAUCUUUCAGACUGUUUGAAAAAGCGAGGGUUGGAUGUUAAAAUAAUUUAUAGUGGAGGAAUGGAUUUGGAUAUAUUACCACAAGGUGCUGGCAAAGGACAAGCCCUCGCAUAUUUACUAAAGAAGUUUAAAACUGAGGGAAUACUACCAGUUAAUACUCUUGUCUGUGGUGAUUCUGGAAAUGAUGCUGAACUCUUCAGCAUUCCAGAUGUGUAUGGAGUCAUGGUCAGCAAUGCCCAAGAAGAAUUGUUGCUAUGGCAUGCUGAAAAUGCAAAAGGUAACCCUAAUAUAAUCCAUGCAAAAGAAAGGUGUGCAGCUGGAAUCAUAGAGGCCAUUGGACAUUUUAACCUUGGUUCAAACUCUUCUCCAAGAGAUGUUGCUGAUUUUGUGGAAUGUAAGGUAGACCAUGUCAAUCCAGGUUAUGAAGUAGUGAAAUUUUACUUGUUCUAUGAGCGAUGGAGGCGAGGGGAGGCUGACAACUGUGAGACUUCCAUAGCAAGUCUAAAAGCUUCUUGUGAUCCAUCUGCUACUAUUGUCUUUCCGUCUGGUGCCGAGAAAACUCUUCAUGAAUGCAUACACACAAUGAAAGAGCGCUACGGAGACCAAAAGGGUAAACAGUUCCGGGUCUGGGUGGAUAGUGUAUUGUCCACACCGAUCAGCUCAAGCAAAUGGCUAGUGAAGUUCGAUAAGUGGGAGUUAUCUGGAAAUGAGCGCUGUUGUUGUGUGACCACUGCUAAAAUAAAUGCUAAGGGAUCUGAUGCUUCAGAGGGGUACACUUGGAUGAAUGUGCAGCAGAAGUGGUUAGAAGGAUAUGAAAUGAAGGAUGAUUCAACCUGGACUUUCUAAGGUACACUGCAACAACAUUCCGACUCUGGAAUCUGUUUGAAAAUUCUAUAUGAAUAAAUGUAUCCAAA